UGAGUUGUAGAAUUGUUAUACUCACAUCAACCAAGUUUGAAUUGCAAAUCUAGAGUCUGUAAAUCCUGAGAGUUGCAGAAUUGUUAUACUCGCAUUCAACCAAGUUUGAUUUGCAUUAGCAUCCAAUCCCGCUCUCUAAAUCCAUAGUCUGUAACAAAUCAAAGAUGACAACUGGACUUGCUAUUGGGCUUGCCAAAGGUGUGAUGGGAAAGCUUGGCGAGAUCGCAGCAGAGCAAGCAUUGAAUGAGGCAUCUCUCCUCCUCAACUUCAAAAAUGACUUUCAAUGGUUGGAGAAGCAACUCAGCCUCAUAUGUGCUUCUCUACAAUCUGCAGAUCAGCAAAGUGAGCACAAUGAAGCUGUGAAAAAAUGGCUGGCGGAAGUGAGAAAUAUUGUUUUUGAUGCAGAAGAUAUAAUCGAUGAGUGUGCCGUUGAGCAUUUGUAUACAUGUACCAGUCAAUCAUGUGUGUGCAAUUGCAGUCAAUGGCUCUUUCAGUAUAAGAUGGCGAAGAGGAUCAAAGAGCUCAAGGAGAGGAUUACCUCUACCACUAAAGAGGCAGAGCAGCUCAAGCUUUUCCAUGAUGUGUCCAAUAUAAGUCAGCCCUCAACUAGUACAUCCGAAAGUGAAAGAGGAGCAGAGCUGAGAAGAGGGAGUAUCUUGGAGAAAGAUGCACCUGCAGUGGCUAUCGACCACAAGGUCGAUGAAAUUCUUGCAUUGUUGAACCCUGCCUUGGGAGUCGUUGCCGUCGUGGGAAUGGGUGGGCUGGGUAAAACAUUCCUUCUCCAGCACGUCUUUAACAGAACAAGACAUAGGUAUGACUGUUCUGCCUGGAUUUCUGUUUCACAGACUUGUUCUCUUACGAAAUUGCAAUAUGAUCUAGCUUCCCACAUUCAUUUAGAUAUAGACAAUAGAGUAAGUGAUGUGCGGGCAGCUGAAUUGAUACAUGAGGGAUUAGAGGGCAAAAGAAGUUUGAUUGUUCUGGAUGAUGUGUGGAGGACUAGUGUAGAAGGCAACUUGAUCUCCAGACUUGGGCUUCCUACUGGUCUGAAUAACCAGUGUAAAAUAGUGGUUACCACUAGAAGUAGAGAUGUUGCUGAAACCAUGAAUGCCCACAUCUAUGAGAUGCAACACCUCUCGGUGUGUGACAGUUGGGAUCUCUUUUGCAUGUUUGCCUUCCCAAAUCGUGAGGGAAAUAGGCCGCCUGAGCAGCUUGAGAAGUUGGCACAUCAAAUUGUAGAAGAAUGUGGGAGGUUGCCGCUGGCCAUAAAGACAGUUGCGGCAUCCAUGGCCAAGUCUUCCCACAAAUCAGAUUGGGAGGCAAAGUUGAGGCAGCUGAAAAAGAUAGAAAAAAUAGACGGCUCCAUCAUGCAGAUUUUAAAGCUGAGUUAUGACUAUCUUUCUCCCUCUCUGAAAUCCUGCUUUGCUUAUUUUUCUUUCUUUCCAGAAGACACACAUAUUUCUUUUUCUACUUUUAGUUAUGAGAAAGCUAUAUACCAGGAGUAUGUGAUAUAUUUAUGGAUAGCGGAAGGAUUUAUUCCGCAAGAUAAAGACAGAGAGCAGUUGGAUAUUGGGCUAGAUUAUCUACAUCAACUGGAAAAUUUAUGUUUGCUGGAAGUAAACAGAGUUUUAAGUUGCUACACUGUACAUGACUUGUUUCUUGAUUUGGUUGUAAAUAUAUGUAAAGAGCAUGAGUGUGAAUUUGAUCUUCCCUUCAAAGAAACAAGGUGCCGCAGGUUAGUUCUAGCUAGAAAGAGUUUAGAUAAUAAUGUAAUUUCAGAAAGGCCACUUCUUUGUCAGCAAUUUCUACGCACACUAUCAUUUGCUCAAAAUCCUGGCAUUACAAGUAUUCCACGUCAGUUGCUUGAUCAUGUGAGAGCACUCCGGGUAAUUGACUUCAGCCACACUGGCAUCUCCACAUUGCCAAAAUGUGUUGGGAAGUUGAAACUUCUUAAGGUUUUGAAUUUGUCUCACACAGAGAUCAGGGAGGUGCCAGAUUGUGUAAAAAGACUUAAGAGUCUUCAGUUCCUUGAUGUUUCCUAUUGCACAAGUCUGCAACGUGUACCUGACUGGAUAGGUGAGCUCAAAUCUCUUUCCUAUUUGAAUGUAAAAUGUUGCGGAGAUCUUACUAGUCAUAUGCCCAAGGGAAUAUCACAGCUAUUAAGUUUGAGGAGACUGAAAUCAGAUUACUUCGUACUGUCCACUGAAGAGAAUAGAUUCUUAAAUAUUAAAGAUGUUGGCAACUUGAUCAAUCUCUUUGAAAUAACCUUCAGAUUAGAAGAUGUACGGACAUUGGAAAGUGUACAGGAUGGUUUCCUUGACCGUCUAGUCAAGAUGAGAAUUCUAGCAGUAAUGAAUGCCAUUCCUGAAACGGAGGGUGAUAGAGAAGAAUCCAGUCUUCCAGCAUUCCCAGAGAAAAUGAAGGUUAUGAAAGAUCUUCAACAACUUGAAAUCCGUGGUUUCUCUGUGUCAAGUUGGAUAUGUGGAAUGGAAAAUCUGACACAACUUGCCUUGAAGGAGUGCAGUGAUUAUCCAUCACUCCAAAAGAUGCCCAACUUACAAGAAUUGUAUUUGAGAGAUGAUUCGAAAUGCAGAGAAUUGCCAGAGGAGUUCGGAGAGAGAGGGGGAUUUCCUAAGCUAGUUUAUCUGCAGAUUGAUGUAUUCCCUCUUUUAGAGGAGUUGCCCGCGUUGGAAGAGGAAGCGAUGCAACGUCUGGAAGGACUAGUGAUAAACAAUUGUCCGCGGAUGAAGAAAGUUCCAGAGGGAUUGGAGCGGUUGAGGAGACUAAAGAGGAUAGUUGUUCUUCAGGCAAGUGGUGAGUUAGUGGAGAGAUUAAAGGAAGGCGAGGAAGAUUACAAGAAAAUCAAAGCUAAUAAUCCCAACAUCGUGAUAGAAAUGAACUAGGAGCAGCUCAUUUAUUCAGUUUGAGAUACAACAAUACUAGUGUAAGAUCUUUUGUUCAGAUAUUUUAUUUUGAAAAUUGUGACUAACUAUUUAGAUGUAGAA